AUGGGAGAUUACGAAGAACACUGGGAAUACAAAGUGUCUGUGGCUUUGUGGAAGUACCUGUCUCCGUGUCUGAUGGUGGUCGGUCUGGUGGGUAACGUCUUAGCUAUAAUUGUUCUAUCCAGGCCGUCGAUGAAACAAACAACAACCUCUUUGUAUCUGAGAUUUCUGGCGGCGUUCGACAGUCUCGUUCUCUACACUGGACUCAUGCGUCAGUGGUUUAUGCAUCUCUUAGACUACGAUAUUCGGGAACACAAUUCUGUUGCCUGCAAGAUUCACACGUGGGUGGUCUACUGGGCAACGUACACUUCGGCGUGGCUGUUGGUGUCGGUCACCUUAGAGCGAUGCGUCUCCGUGUGGUUUCCCCACAAGGUGAAGCUCAUAUUCACGAAACGCAAAACGUACAUAAUUAUUGUUACCGUAAUCGUCUUCAUGGCCGGUUUGAGCGCGCACUACCUUUUUGGACGUGGGUUUAAUAUUGAAACAGAAGAUAACGAGACGAUUGUCGAUCUUUGUGACAAUAUUUCUGAGAAUUAUAAUUAUUUCGAACUGGAAAUUUGGCCGUGGAUUGAUUAUAGCAUAUACAGUGUUAUCCCGUCGUCAAUUCUUGCCGUGUGUAAUAUCUCCAUCAUCUACAGAGUUGUAUCUAGUAGCCGGCAUGGUCUCCAGAAUGAAAAUGAAAAUACUAUUCAGAACAGAUCUGUUUCAUCUCGUAAAAGCCAGGCAUCGUCUUUGACCGCCAUGUUACUAAUCACUAGUACAACCUACGUUAUCUGCACAACUCCGUUCUGUAUAUAUGUUAUUUUUACAAAUAUAUUUCGUCAAGAUCUUUCAGUUGAAGUUGAUGAGCUUGUAUGGGCAUCGGUCAACAUGAUCCAGUACAUAAACAACUGUGUCAAUUUUAUUUUAUAUUGCGCCAGUGGAAGACGUUUUCGAGAUGAACUGAGGAACUUAUGUUGCCUUACAAUUAAUGACUUCCACCUCAAAGGGAAUUUUCGGAAAAAAAUCAAUCCCGAUUUUUCAUUUUUCAAAUAUUUUUGA